UCUUGAUGUGUUAGUGCGUGGUUAUAGUUUGUCUCUCUCUAUCAUCUUCAAAGUUUAAUCUCUCUCUCUCUCUCAGCCAUCUUUGCUCGUAAAUUUUCUUUUCCUAGCAACAAAAACCAGCUCGAGGGGAAAUAAAUCCUCUUAAGGCUCAUAGGUUUGGGUGAUAAAGAUCUGGUGUUAUGCAGAAGGGUAAGGAGGAGAAGUUUGGAAGUGAGGCAAACAGUAACGGUGGAAGGAGCAGAUGUUCUUGUCCACUGAAAACCACCCUCCAAAUGACCCUUCAUCUUCUUCCAGUUUCUUACAUCUGACCAGUUCCUGUGAUGAGUUAGGUCAAUCUCAUCACAACAAUCUUCAUCUCCCUAAUUUCUCCAUCAGAGAUUACGUAUGUAGUUACCGGAGCAAGGACAUCAAGAAAAACUGGCCAUUUGCCCCGAAAAGUUUGCAACUUUGUUUGAGACAUGGCAUAAAUGAUCCGCUGCCGCCGUUUCAGCCUCCUGGUGCUGUAGGAAACCACCCUGGAAACAUUCUUGCUUCCGAGGCUUGUUCAUUGGAGAAGCAAAUCAUACCCAGUGGUGAACCGAUAAUUCCUUCAUGUUUAUCUGACAAGAGCAAGCUAGAUAAUAUUGGAUCAAAUCAGACGCUCAAAGAGACUAGAAAAGGAGUUGAGAAUGAUUUUCUGCCCACCGUAAGUUUUUUGAAAUCGGAAAUAAAAGUCCCCAUUGACAAGAACCCAGUUAAGAAGUGUGGGCUAUUACCGAAAUCUGGAGCCUGCUUGAAUCGAGGGUCUAAAGAAGAUAAUUUCCUUGCAACUCCUGAAUCAAUGGCUUCAAAGACUUGCCCCAUCUGUAAAACCUUCUCUUCUGCUUCUAACACCACCUUGAAUGCUCACAUUGAUCAGUGUCUGUCUGCUGAUUCAGCACUACCACCCGCUAAGCCAAGCAGGCAAAGAAUCAAGCCGAGGAGAGUUAGAACGAUGACUGAUAUUUAUGCUACUGCAAAGGGAUGCACAUUGGAAGAGCUUGAUAAAAGAAAUGGAACCAUGUGGACUAUGAUUUCAAGGUAUUCUAACUGGGUUGCUGAUAAGCCUGAAGUGUCCAAGAAAGGCAAGAAGCGGAAGGUUUUUCCAGCUCCUUUGGAUGGAGAAGCUGUUGGUGUAGGUCCUGUUUAUGUUGAUGGAAAGGGCAAAAAGCUGCGGAUUUUAUCCGAGUUCAGAGAGAAUAGUCCUAUGUUGAGAGAGCACAAGGGUGUCUCUUUAAAGAAAAAAUCUUUAAAAGAAGGCAAAGGAGGCAAAUGGUGUUCAACGAGAAAGAAAGUUUGCCGGGGAAAGAAACAUCACAAAUAUCUAAGGCUCAUUCCUCGAAGCAGAAAACUCAUCUCCCAGAAAGCCAAUGCUUCCAAGAUACCGGAGUAUCAAGAAGGGUAUUCGGGAGAAGGAAGCGGCAUGGAGAGGGCAAAGUCAAGAAUUUUAAAUCAGCGGUUGCUAUCAAAACGAACUGGAAUGUCUAGGAAGCUGAACAUGAGAGGGCAUAAGUUUCAUCCGUCACAGGAUGAGCCGUUUGAGAAUGAAGAUUGGUCGGGAGAUCCAAUGUUGUCGAGAAGUCCAACCCAUAAGUUGACUGCUGUGUCUGAUUCAGUUUCUUCUCCUCUAAACAAGGAGAAAAUAUGGAGAACUUACGAGGAGACCCCAGUUAUUAGAAAGAGUGGAACUUCAUUUAGACGUAAAAGCGCUCAAAGCCCUUCAUCUAGAGUCCGGAUCACUGAAAAUAAGGAGUGGUCACUUGCUGAGAAGGUCGUUUCCACAGAUGGAGCAAGGUAUUUGGAAGAAUCUCCUCAUGCAAGUCGUGCGCGCAAAAAUUCCUCAGCCUCCGUGGAUAAGGUGUCUGUAUCCGAGGCUAAGCCUUUUAGGAAGCUGAAGAAAGCUCGGUUUCAUCUCUUAGAGAAAGAAGAUGAUGAACUUGAGAAAUGGGAGUUUGAGGCGGCUCAAGACCGUGCAUUAAUGGAUGAUGAUUCUGACAGUGGUAAAACAGAUGAUGUCCUAAUGAGCCUUAACGCUACAGUCAGUAGUGACGAUAAUUAUGAUGAUGACGACGAAAGCAGUGAAGAGGAUGCAGCUAACAGUGAAGAAGAUGAUGCAUUGGACAAAACCGAUGGUGCAGAUACUGAGUUUUAUCAGUCUGAUACUCCACCAUCUAUCGAGAUCUGUAAUGGCGGUAUUUCUCAAGGGGAUGAAGGACAACUGUAUUGCUCUGAGGAGGUUGGAGACAUGGUUUAUGGCCAAACUGCUCGGGAUAUGGGUUCAGAACCUGAUUCUAGAGUUGGACAAGGAAGCUCAUUCAUGGAGGUUGAUCCCAUUCCUAUCCCUGGACCUCCGGGAUCGUUUUUGCCUAGCCCUCGGGAUAUGGGUUCAGAUGAUUACCCUGGAAACUCGUCAGUCAUAACGAGCCAGGUUCAAUCUUCCCUGGAUCAGCUUGAUCUCACUGACAGAAUUUCAUCUGAAUCACCUCUUUCGGCAGUUUCUACUCAUUCAGAUUCCGCUGUGGUUAGAUCCAGUCACCCGAAUCUUCCACCGGAAUUCUCAACCUCCCAAGAAAUGAUCUCAUCUGACUACCCUUCAUCCUACAAAAAGAGAUCUUUCCUGUUUAGAAGCAAUGAUCAGCCAUGUUGUUGCCAAGGAAAGGAGAGAUUUCCCGAGGGUUUUACUGUAAACCAUCAGGAGGAGUCUCAGCCACUGAAGCAAAGGGCAGCAGCCUCUCCCAUUACCAUUCCCGAAACCAGAACCAGAUCAUGUCUUGAUCCAAACAUAACGCUGAGCAAAUCUGACACUUUCCUUGAUACAUUUGAGCCAUACAUCUUCCAAGAUUCGGAUCUUCAGAGCAAGUUCAUGAACAGAGCGGCAACAGCAACAACAACAACAACAACAACAACAAGUCCUCCCAACCCGGUGUUGCGGCUGAUGGGAAAAGACUUAAUGGUGGUUAACCAAGGAGAAGAGGCUCCAACCCCAUCAUCAAAACCAACCCCUCAGUUUCUAGAUCCUUCUGGAACCUAUGAGAGUAGUUUACAGACAUUCCACCAUGAAACACCUCAUCAUUACAACUCCAGCCUCUACUUUGGAAACAAUGCCAGUUCAGCAGCAACUCCACAGACAACAACUGCAGAAGCUUACAGUUUUGGUCUUGUACGGUACUUUUCUCCAAGCUAGUCUCUGCAAGUUUCCACUUUUUGCAGUUCAACGAGAAGGGGAGAAUCCUACAGAGAGAGAUAGAGAGAGCUUUGUGAACAAAACGUGUAUUGGAUUAAAAUGUCCACCGAGUAUCCUAUGUUUUAAGUUGUUUGAGACUUGUGCCUCUGUAUCUUCAGAGCUCUUCCGAGACUUGCUGUAUAUGUAAGGUUUUACAGAGGCAGAAAUCUUGAGAUAACUAACACUUUGCAGAAGAAACCCACCAAAGGUUGUGUUAAAGUUUA